GUUCAUUCUCAUAUUUGCAGUACAACUGUUAGCGAGGACCUGCCGAAAUCUUAGAUGAAAUCUUGCGUCCCGACAAGGACUACUACUCAUCAAACCUCCAUCUACGGAAUUAUUUGGUGCAAGAUACGUCAACGUCUUCAUCAUAAUCUGGUCUGACAACUACAACUUUGUUACUACAUAUAUAAUAUUAGCUCCUCAUCUACAUGAUCUACAUCUACAUGUAGAAGAUCUACUCAUCUAUCGUGCUGCUCUCUCUUUCUCCAUACUAUAGGUUUCAACACCUCGAGUAAUAUCCGUCUACAUAUUUCAUCCGUAAUAUCCGUCUACUUAUCCGCGGUUGUCAGUGCUUGUGGUCUUUGAAUACUCCUUCGUUUUGAGCGAAGAGUCUAUCCUCUGUCGACAAUUUUACUCGGAUCUUCUUUUCCUUCAGCUUCACCUCUUCUUGACCAACUACACAUAAAUCUUCACACUCAGCGACCACCGACGCGAGUCUAUUCACUUUUGUGUCCUUCGUCCCUGGUCGCUUUCUCCUCUGUGUCAUCAGCUACCUGGUGAGAGCUACCUCGUUUGAGCUUCUUCCUUGCUUUGUGCUCUCACAACAGAGAUACGCUGUUACAACGUCUGGUGCUGGUGGAGCAACUUCGUCUUGUGUCUGGAAUACUGUCCUUCAAUGACUUCGAGAUUAAGUCAGGGUGGAGCACAUGAGUGAUUAAUUGGUUUAAACAGGCUGUGGUUUUCGGCUAUCGCAAUUCCCAAAGCGCACUUUUUUUUCGAGGUGGAGCGUGUGGACGGAAGAUUCCCCCAUUGAUAAGUAUUAGUAUUUCUCACAACGCGGCCCUCGUCGUUCGGAGAAACAUCUUCACAAGAGCAAUAAAUCAUGCCGCGUCCUCGUGGAGCACCAGAGGAAGAAGGACCCAAGGAGCAGGAGCUACAGACGGGCCUGCUUCUAAACGAAGAUGAUGGAAACAGCAACCCAAACACUCCAACAAUAGCGCCGCAAGCAGCAAGUCGUGCAGGUGAACAGACUUCCUCGACUACGAAGCUCGCUGCUUCCUUUGCUGCGAACAAGGGCUUAGUUCUUGGACUGCUCACUGGAACCGUGCUGCUGGUGUUAGGCUGCGGGGUUGUUGCUAUUUACGGAUUGCGGUUUGAGGAGUCCUCUACUUCUCUGCUCGGCUCUAGUGGGUCGUCUCUUACACGACCCUCUGUGGUGGAUGCACAGACGAGUCCGGGAGGUGCUGGUCGUCCGCCUCCAAGCGCUUCUGAUCGCAGGGUAAUAGAUGAAUAUUGCACAUGAUUCGUGAACAUUGAAGGAAAUCGUAGUUUGUGUUUCGACAUCCACAUAAAUUUGAUCGACUUUGACAAACAGUACAUUCACAUUUGUUCCGCUACACGACAGGUGACCUUCGCUGAACCGAGUGGGGUGGUCGCAGGCACAGCGACGGGUCCUUCACUACCAGGAAGCCCGGUUGGAACCAGACGUCCUGUCACUCCUGUUAUCCAAUACGGUUCUAGUGCGGUCCCGGUAGCAAUGCUAUGAAGAGGGAAAAUUAUUGUUGCUCACUGAUUGGAAACUUCUGAUUUCCUACUAGUCCUCCGCUCAUUCGUCAUCGUCAGCCAAUGUAGCUCAGCAUAGACUUUGGCUCACACAGUCACUCGGAUGUACCAGAUCCUGUAGCUACAGACACAGACCAUCCAGAAGAUCCUUCUACUAGUUGUCCCUCUAAUUUGUCCAGGAGGACAGCAACAGGCAAGCCCAAGUACAUCGCCGUUGGUGGCACCCUCCAGUCAGUUUUUGCCCUUUCAGCAGGAGCGGCUUUCUGCACGUGAAGUAGCUCUCGGCCUUGGGCACCCGCAUGUCAUUAAGGAUGAUGUAGUUUUUAGCGAUGUUGAUUUCAUCAGACACACAUUCAACGGUAUCGAGAAGGACGUGCUACUAACUCGUUUAGUGAAAACAAGCGCUAUAUUAAUCGCGACAGCAAGUUGCAAAUCAUGAAGCAAGGAACGAUCGUCCACAAUCAACCUUCGUUUUUGUCCUUUUCCGUAUAAAAAUGCGACAACCAUAGCAGCUGAGAGGAGCUCCAGCACCAUAAAGAUAUAGGAGGUGUUACAGAAGAUAUUAUAAAUCUUCUAAUCUUGUCCGCGCUCAUGCAGAUAACGUACGCAAUGCACCUGAAGUGAGGAGAAAGAACCGUAGAGAUCGCGAGACGACCCGAACGCCGAAUGUAUCCAGGUCUUCGCCUAAUCUUCCAUCUUUGAAGUUACGGCAUCCUCAACAAGAAUUAACAGAGAAACAUACAUAGUUGUCUCAGAUGCAAAACUCAAAGGUGUUAGCAUAACACAUAAAAGAGGAUCCAUGACAUGACAUGACGUCCUCCCAAGAACAUCGCCUUUUUGGGAGGGUGUAGGUCCCGCGACGCUCAAAGCACACAAAGUAAAUUAGCCGGCUAAUUUCCCUCGAUAGAUCGGAGGUCGUUCGCAACCCUAUUCGCAAUAGCUGUCUCAGUAAGCUCAGUAGAUCUAGAACUGAGUGGUUCAGGUAUGCUGUAACCUGAUUUUGAUCAUAAGGAAAACAAGAAGAGAAUCUCUGCGAUCAAAUUCAGGCUACUAAAAAUACCAGAAGCAUACGAGAUCCCUCCCGCUAGGGGUGCAAGUCACAAGGAGUUUGGCAGGAUGAUGUUUUUCUACAUGAAUCGUUACGCGUAUUGAAAUAAACUUUCAUUCCCCGACUCCGCGCCACCAUCGUCCAAAAGAAGUCGACGAAAGGACAAACGGGACAAAAGGAAUGGUGGUCUGUCGUUCAGUACCUCGAUGCUGCCUUCUGCGAGUGUGCUUACGGCCUCUCUACAAGACCUAAGGACUCGUAUUCUCGGAGCAUCUUCUACAUCAACAGAGACUGACUCAAGAAGAGGUCAACAUGAUGAACAAGCAUCGUUUCUACACUCUAUUCGGAAAAUGGUACCGUUUUGUGAGACGUGUAAACGGCGUGACAGGGCAGGAAUUACGUCGGCAGAAGAUCAAGCGCGCAUGCUGGAGCGUGCAAAACUACAGGAGGGUGUCGAAGAAGUAGACGCGUCGAGUCAAGGAAUUGGCACAGGAGGCCAAGUGUCGAGAGAAAACUCCGGUAAUAUUAAUUGCUUAUAGACUAGUUAGUGUUAGUGGGUGCAGAAGCAUUUUCUUCUCAGUUCUUUCAUAGUCUAUUAUGAGGACAAUAUACCUACGUAAAGCUACAGAGGACACAAGAAGGACUUUAACAUCUUCGUUUUUUUACGGUAGCCAUCCACUCUCAACACAGCCUCCACUCUUGGCUUGUCGCAAUCCUCGAGUUCUGUAGAGGCUUUUGCUGGUGGUGUAGACUCUGGUGACGACAGUGCGACAGUCCGUCUCCCUAGUCCGGGAACGCAGAAUCCCGCUUCAGACACGGACGAUCCCCGCUUGAUGGUCAGUGGUGGACUGAUCGUCACACCAUCUGCCUCGAGUGCAGGUACGGCAUCGCCUCUUGUCGUCGACGAUGGUACCAAUGUUGGAGGGCGUGUAACAUCUGGUGAUGGUAAUGGCAAUGCAGGAACUUCACGACCUGGUGGAUUGAUCAAUAGUGGUGCUGUGCUCGUACAGGCUACCAAUGGCAUGCACCAGCCUUCAUCAGCGACAGCAGGACAGCAGGUCUUUUUGCCAAACAGCGGGUCGUCAACUCCACAAGUUGUUGCGUCGCCACAACAAGGCCAACAAGCAGCAAGGUCUCCGGCUCCGCAGGUCAUCUGGCAGACUGGUUCUCCACAACAACGAGGUGUUCUUGUAGCAGGACUCUCACCAGGCCAGUUGCCUCCAGCAGGCUAUCUUCAACAACCAGUUGCGUUGUUACAACCGGGUAUUCAGCAGCCGUUGAUGAAUCAGAUGUCGCCCCAACAGCGGCAACAGAUGUUUGUGUCCGGGUCCUCUCCGGCCGCAGCUGGCACGCUUGCAUCUCAGCGACAACAAGCUCUUAGCUUUUUUCCAGGUGGUCCACCCAGUGGAACAGCAGGAGGAGCUGCACCAAGAUUGGUUUCGUCCGGGUCCAUGAGUGGUCUAGGUCUUUCCCCAGGAGCGAACGUGGUGCAACAAGGACAGAGGCAGGUAGGCUUCACUACUAAGGUUCCAUGGAUGCUGCCAGUGUCGCCUGCAGGGUCAAGAACUCCAAGUGCCGCAUCUGCUUCGCCUGGAGGAGAAGUUCCGGUACAAGCAGUGGGACAGCAGCAGCAGCAGCAAGUCCUAGGUCCUGUGCAAGCAGUGGGACAGCAGCAGCAACAGCAGCAGCAAGUCCUAGGUGGAGGACAACUACAAUUGCAGAACAUGAUGCGUCAACAGCAACUACAGGCGAAUGGAGCCUUAGUAGUGCAACAGCCGGUCGUGCAGCAAAUUGCCCAGGCUGGAGGUCCUGCAGCACAAGAACAACAACCGAUCAUACAGCAGAAGCCUGGUGUUCAACCUCAAGCUCAGCCUCAACCACAGCCAGCACAGCAGCCGCAACCACAACUGGCGCAAGAACAGUUCCAACCACCGACCGUGCCGCAGCAGCCACAACCGACGGCGGAGCAGCAAUCUACUAGUACAGCAGGGACAACGCAACCACAGUCGACAACCUUGACGCCGCAGCGAACACAGCCAACUGUAUCGCCACAGCAGCAACAGCACCAGCAGCCGCUACCGGCAGUGCGGCAACAGGACCAAGCACAGCUUCCGGGACAAGUCGUAGAAGAGACUAAUAUUGUCGCACUUCCACAACAACAGCAAACCAAUGCGCCAGUACAAGACAAAUCGGAAGUCAGUCUCAGCGUUCCGCGUGUGUCGGUCGCUGCAGCGGGCAACGAAGCUACGAAGAAGACAGCACCUGCAACACCACCUAGUACCAGUACAGCAUUGGCAUCUACUUCGCAACCAUCCACAGCCACUACGAGUUCCCAACCUGCUGCACAACCCGCAGCUCAACCCGCACAACCCGCUGCUCAACCUGCACAGGCUGUAGCCCCAGUGCCGAAACCGGUCUCAAAAAUCGUUCCCGAACCGACUGGACCGCCAAGUGUUGUACGGGUUUGGAAAGACGAUGCCAAGGACAAGGAUGGACGCGCAGUUGUCAAAGCCAAGGCGUUGGUGAAAAAUUUUUCCGCCAAGCGCUUUUUUGACCGAUUCAUGACCGUUGACUCGAAGUUUGCGUUUUGGAAGGCAGAGUACCUCCAUAAACUACGUAUGUGUAAGUAUAUAAGUACUUACAAGUAUGUUGUGGAUAAUACAAAGUACAACUGUUUUUUAGGACUUCGAGGACAGUCCAGUACUCAUCUUGUUGUAACAAUGAAUAUUGCAGCUAGCGCUAGGUUUGCUUCCAGUGUCAACAUCAUCUCCAUUCAACAUCAUUUCCAGUCUUGUUCCUCUCACGACAAUGUUGAAUAAACACCUCUCACGACAAGUGAAUAAAGAAUCAGCAUCUACUUCUCACAACUAACUACAUCACGUCAGAAGCUACAUCGAAGCUACGAUGAGUUGGGGCUAUAAAAGCCAGCCGCGCUCGUUUACGGAUGCUCAGGGUCGUGAGGCGGUAGAGGUGGUGACCUGGAGUGAGGAUAAAAGUAAAAUGCGAGCCGCUAAGAUAGAAGACACUAUCACUUGGACGUCGUGGGUGACUGACCCGACCAAAGGAUUAUUAUGUCUUUGUCUAGUUUAAUAUCACACUAUGAUCCCAAGCAGCCCAACAUGUCGUGGACUUUGGAGGUGCUGAGAGUGGAGUCUCAACCUUUGAAAUGUUAGAGGGGAAAGAAGCUAAGGGGAAAAAGGGCAACCCACUCAACCACGGAUAGCGAAAAACUAGCGCUAAGAUUACGUGGAUUUUCGGUGAAAAAAAUUGCACAAACGCUUCAGGCUGGAAGCUGGCCAUUCACCUACCAGCACCCUUUUGAAGUUCACCUUAUGAGCUGCUGUGUAGAAGUAGAAUUUUUCUUGCAUAGAAGACUGACACCACUCAGGAGAACUUUUCAAAUCUUCAUCCACCGUACUAUUAAAUCUUCUUCAUACACAGUUGACACACGCCUUCAUCGCCUGUCCCUUCAUCUUAAACUCAAGAAGUGGAUUAAUGACUUACUAAUGAAAGCGGCUACAAUCUAAGCACUUCAUCCCUCUUCUUCUAUACGACCCCUCUAAUAGCCAGUACAUUGACGGAGUUGAAGUUGAUUUGGAGGAUGGGACGAGAGGGAUCGAAGUCUCAGAGCAGUUCCUCGUGGACAACGUAAAAUCGACUGUGGCCAUUAAUGUUAUGAAGAAAUAGUAAUAGAUUCUAGGACUAGUAAGCCACCAAUUAGGGACAAAACAGUGCUAUGUUUUAUGAAGAUCAUUUCUAUCACUGUAAUAGCUAAUCGUAAUGAAUCCACUACUUCGUUCUGAAAUAUCUCUAUAUUAGGUAAUUAAAGAUCUUAAUAAUAAGUUGAUCGUGCCUUGUAUUACUGUGAUACUAAGGGUGGACUCAAUAGGACAAAAAACAGGGCAUCGUGCUAAAACAGUGCAUCUUCACCUCGUGCUUGGCAAAUUCAUUCUCAUUCAUUAACACUGUUGUUAUGGGACUUCAAUGGCCUCGAACGCUCACCCCCUCGUAGCUGAGUCAACUCCUAUCCUAUCCUACUUGACGUCGUGGUACCAAAAACAACCUCGUCUAACUCAAGCGCGUUCGGAAUGGGUAUGGCAGCAAACUGGCGUUACGCAGCUGACCGGUUCCUCGCGAUCCUGGGAGAGCCCUGAUGGGAGAUGGAAGUUGAGGUUGAGGAAGUUGAGGUUGAGUAGUCAGAAGGGGAGCGGAACAUCUGAAGACCAAUCUCUACAUCAAGGAGGUGAAAAGUCUUACAUCAAGGAGGUGAAAAGUCUUGACUUUCUUUUUGUUUUGAGAGAGUCUCGUCCAUACACAACAACAUGACCUGCUCCUUCCCAACAACAUGCUGUAAGAUCAGGGACUGCGACGGACAACUGAUUUUCUUGCACGUGUAUCUAUGUAUAAUUAACGCGGAAAGAUGGACGUGUACAGCUGUGUGAUCCCUCUGAAACAGCUGUCCUCGUGUGCUUUUCUAGAAAUCCUCGAUCAUGAUUCAAAAAAUUCAUUGCAUCAUAUCCAUUUAUUGCGUAUUCUAUAAUUAGAUAAGUAUUCCAUAAUAACUACAAUCAACGUACUUCUUCUACAUCAUGGGAAGCCGCGUCUUAUUUUGAUACAUCGAGAAGGAAGGACAUCGACGUACCUAUCUUGGAGUGUAGAAUGUUAGAGUGGUAGACGUAGAAUGUGCAGACUUUUGUGUGUAAGAAAGGUGGAGGGUACAUGACAUGACGUCCAGCGUGUGUAAUCAAAAGGCAUGUAUUACGUCCACCACGACCACGACUUUCAUAGCCUACGACCACAUAGUCAGAAUGAAAAGGUCUUCCCAUGGAAGGAGCAUAUGCCAAUGGUGGAGACGGUGCGAGAAGGAACAAUAACGAUAUUAUGAGGUGGUAUUAGAAGAUCUAGAUGUAAUUGCUCAAGUAAAUUCAUAGUGAUCAUGGCUAGCAUGUCAAUGACAUUCGAUCCAUCACAGUAAAUACCAUGGGCUCGCGACCUUGCCAGAAUAUCCGUGUAAUUCCGAUUGCUUUUUGUACUUCUAAUUUUUUUGUUUGAACAUGAUUGAACUACAACCCAUCUUGUUCCAUCACCCAAGAACAUAUUUUUUUAUCUUUUGUUUUUGAAAAUCUAAAUCUUUGUUUUUCAUCUGCUUCCGUAUUAAAUUGAUCGUCCACAUCCAUCUGCAUCUUUUGUCAUCUAUUUUCCAUGAUCCCUGGCACCAUCAAAGUCUACAUGUAAUUGUCUGCCAAAGAGUACAACGAACGGUAAUUCUGAGGAGUCUGCGAAAUUCAAAGAUCCGACGUCUCAUACUUCGUAAUAAAUAUUGCAAGACGAAUUAAAACAAAGACUUCUUUGGCUUUCUCUUCGGACGGAGUGCAGGAAGUCGCCCAGCCAUGCAGAUGACGUUGAAGGCUCCCUGGUAAACC